AUGGUCCCCAAGGCAUUGGGCCUCACUUUCCUCUCGGCGCUUCAGAAGCGUCAAGAUGGACAGUGCCAAGAUUACUGCCCUUUCGGCACCAUGACUAUUGACAUUGCGCCAACUGAGAUUGUUGUGCAACAGCCUAUCCGUGUCACUGGUUACUUUUCUACCAACGGGCCCAUUACCCUCGCCCCCAAUAUUGUGGCUACGAUAACUGGUGCACCAGGUGUCAUUGACACUGUUGUCACAUUUGACAGCACUGAGAUUCAGAACAAUACCAUUACGGUUUGCCCUACCAGCCAGUCUACUGGCGGCGGUGGCACAACAACCACUGGCACUGGCAGCACGCCUACUUCAACAGAUACCGGCAGCUCGACUGGUACCGACAGUAGCACAGGCGGCAGCACCAAUACUGGAAGCUCAACUGGGUCUACUACUGCAUCCACUUCUGGCACUGGAAGCUCCACGGACACCUCUGCCACAUCUACUUCUGGCAGCACUAACACUGGCAGCUCAACAGAUACUUCUGCCACAUCCACGUCGAGUAGUACGGGCACUGGAAGCUCUACAGACAGUAGUGCUACGUCAACCUCUGCCAGCACGGGUACUGGAAGCUCUACUGACACGACUGCCUCUUCUACAUCUACUGAUACGUCCAGCACUGGAAGCAGCACGGAUACCUCAUCCACAGGCACUUCUUCUACUGGCAGCAGCACGGAUACCUCGUCUACGGGCACUUCCUCGACGGGCACUUCCUCUACUGGCACUUCCUCUACGGACAGCAGCACCGACACUUCAUCCUCCUCCAGCGCUGCUACCACCACCACCACCGACACCUCGUCCACUACCACCACCACCAGCUCCUCGUCCACCACGAGCUGCACUUCGGCGCUUCCUUCUGUCUGCGCCAAAACCCUGCCGCAGGCGUGCCAGGCCCUCGGCGGCGCCAACGGCCUCGCCCUCACGCCCCUGAUCCCGCUCUGCACCACCGCCCUCGGCGCCUUUGCCGGCGGCCAGGCCGCCGCGUGCCUGUCGGCCAACAUUGGCGUCGGGACCAGCGGAGCCGGCCUCGUGGCCUGUCUCCAGGCGGCCAUUCCCAACAUCUGCAUCACGGAUCUCCCUGCGGCCUGCCUCGCCCUUGGCACCGACCCCGUGGGUCAGCUACCCCAGGAUCUCAUCUCCUGCACCGCGGCCCUCGGCCCGUUUGCCGUCGGCGCCGCCCUCGACUGUCUGAAGCAGACAAUCGAUAACCCCCUGGCCAUCUUGACCUGUCUGCGAAGCUCGAUUGGUCUCGGUGAUCCCUCGACGGCCUGCUCAAGCACAUCUGGAGGUGGUUCGACGAGUAGCACGCCGACCAGCACCACCUCGAGCGGUACCUCGUCGUCUACUGGUUCGACCACCACUGGCGCGAGCACUGAUUCGAGCAGCAGCAGCAGCGGCACAACAACCAGCCCUGCCAGCAGUGACACUUCCAGCACCUCGAUCACUUCUUCUUCCACCACCACCAGCUCCUGUGUGCCUACUCCGCUCACGCCAGUCUGCGCUACGGACCUGGCAGCGCCGUGCACCGCCCUGGGCGACACCAGCGGCCUCGCUCUGAUCCCUCUCGUGCCCCUGUGCGCCGCCACUCUGGCCACGGUCGGCACUGCCCAGACCGCUGCCUGCUUGGCAGGGCAGAUUGGUAUCUCGACCUCUGGUGCCAGCAUCGUUGCGUGCCUCAGGGCGGCCAUCACCAGCGUCUGCAUCACGGGUCUGCCCCAGGCCUGUCUAGACAUUCCGACCUCGUCUAUCGUGCAGAUUCCUGUCAAGGUCACGCAAUGCACAACAGCUCUUGGUCCCUUCGCCAUCGGCGCCGUCGCGCAGUGCCUCACCACCGCCGUCACCGAUCCCUUGAACGUGCUAUCGUGCCUCCGCACCUCCAUCGGCCUCGGGGACCCCAGCGGCGGAUGUUCGUCUUCUACCACGGGUCCUACGUCGACCAGCGGAGACAGCAGCAGCAGCUCGUCCACCACCUCGGUCGCUACUACGCCGACAUCCACCACGAGUAGUACCACCACUUCUAGCACCACAUCCAGCACAACCUCCUCCACCACUUCUAGCACCUCGAGCGCCACGACGCCGACGUCCACAACGAGCAGCACUACCACUUCUAGCAGCUCGUCGACUACCACGACGACACCUCCUACGACCACCACUUCGUCGACGACAACCACCAGCUGUUCGACCACCAGCACCGGCCCUGCUCCGUCCGCAUGCGUGACUGGUCUCCCAGCCGCUUGUAACAACAUUGGCAGCCUUACCGGGCCGGCCAUCAUUCCGUUCCUCGCGGGCUGCACUCUUGCCCUUGGACCCUUCGCCGCCGGCAACACACUGACCUGCCUGAGCCAGUCCGCCAUUAAAUUCAACACGGCCGGCUCCACCAUUGUCACCUGCUUGACCAACUCUCUCAAGAGCCAGUGCAUCACGGCGCUGCCCGGGGCCUGUACCAAGCUGCGCACCGAGACGGGCCUGGCGCUCGUCCCCGACGUCGCGCUCUGCGUCGCAGCCCUCGGCCCGUACGCCAUCGGAUCGACGCUGACCUGCCUCGCGACAUCCCAAAUCACCUCGAGCACGACGGGCGCCGGCAUCAUCGCCUGCCUGGAGACGGCUCUCGGUCUGCAGUCGUCUGCGCCGGGCGCUGGAGGCGGCGGCGGUGCCGCCUGCACUCCGGCGCCGACGCCCGGAACUUGCUCCGUGUCGUUCCCCAGCGCGUGCGCCGACAUUGGAUCCAUCACCGGCCUCCAGCUGCUGGUCCAGAUCCCGCUCUGCGUCACGGCACUUGGAGCCUUUGGCCUCGGUAAUGCCGCGCAGUGUCUCGUCACGACCGGCAUCUCGGUCAGCACGGCCGGCUCGGCCAUUCUCACCUGCCUCACCACCGCGCUCAAGGCGCAGUGCCCCAAGGCACUGCCCGCUGCUUGCACGAAUCUGGCCAAGGACUCGGUUCCCCAGCUGGUGGUGGACAUUCCGCUGUGCACAGCAGCGCUCGGUCCUUACGCUGCCGGCAGCGCCCUGACGUGUCUGUCAACAAGCACUGGCAGUGGGCAGCAGAUUGUCACUUGCCUGAACAAUGCUUUGGGAAUUAUUGUAUAA